ACCGCGCCUUAUGUCUGUCCCAUAGGUCCCGCGCGGCCCCGGGUGAGGCCUGCCCGCGCGCCCGCCGGCACCAUGGGAAGGAGCGGGCACCGAUGCUGCUGCUCCCCGCCGGCGCGCGCAGGACUUGAGCCCCUCCCCAGGCAGCCCCCAGCCCCAGGUCCCCGAGUGACACUGGCGGCGCCUGGGUGUGUGGCGCGGGGGCCCGGGGCCACGUAGAGGAGCCCAGUGUCCAGUGAAGCAGCCGAGGACCCGCCGCCCGCGCCGCCGCCAUGGUUAUGUCCCAGGGCACCUACACGUUCCUAACGUGCUUCGCUGGUUUCUGGCUUAUCUGGGGGCUCAUCGUCCUACUGUGCUGCUUCUGCAGCUUCCUGCGCCGCCGCCUCAAACGGCGCCAGGAGGAGCGACUGCGUGAGCAGAACCUGCGUGCCCUCGAGCUGGAGCCCCUAGAGCUCGAGCCACACGCCCAUCCGCACGCACACCACCACGCGCUGCAGCAUCCGCAGCCCCCGCACCUCUCAGUGCCGCCGCGUCCCUGGAGCUACCCGCGCCAAGCGGAAUCGGACAUGUCCAAGCCUCCGUGUUACGAAGAGGCGGUGCUGAUGGCCGAGCCGCCGCCGCCCUACAGCGAGGUGCUCACGGACACGCGCGGUCUCUACCGCAAGAUCGUCACGCCCUUUCUGAGCCGCCGCGACAGCGCCGAGAAACAGGAGCAGCCGCCGCCCAGUUACAAGCCGCUGUUCCUGGACCGAGGCUACACGUCGGCGCUGCACCUACCUAGCGCCCCGCGGCCCGCGGCGCCCUGCCCUGCACUCUGCCUGCAGGCGGACCGCAGCCGCCGGGUCUUCCCCAGCUGGACCGACUCGGAGCUCAGCAGCCGCGAGCCGCUGGAGCACGGAGCUUGGCGCCUGCCAGUCUCCAUCCCCUUGUUCGGGAGGACUACAGCCGUAUAGAGGGGCGCCCGGCGACCCGAGCCCUAACAGCCGAUUCCUGGUCUGACUGCGGGGCUUUUUAAAUGCUUCCUUUGGACUGCGGGGGGUGGGAGGGAUUUCUUACCCCGUUUGUUACAUUUUGAGGAUAAUAAAGGUGUGUGAUCUGGUUUGGUA